AUGAAUCAGGACAUCAUAAAUCCUUCAACUUCAAAACCGACAGGCUUGAAACCUGGAUAUAAUCCAUCGUUGGGUCCUAUACAACUUCCUUCAACAUACCAAAGUCAAAUAGUAUCAAAGUCUAAAAACAUUUAUGAUAAUAGUGUAUUCAGAAGGACACCAGAAGUCAGUUUAUCAUCUCUUGCGUUUCUAUUCAGCGCCAUGAUCCAAGACACGCAACAAAGUUCAAAAGGUGUUCAACAACUGGAAGCAAAACUAAAUUCAUAUGGGUACGGCGUUGGUACAAAAUUUUUGGAAUUGAUCUCAUUGAGAGAUGGAAAAUCAGCUAAAAGGGAAACAAAGAUAGUUGAAGCUUUACAAUUUAUACAUACACAAGUAUGGAAGACCUUGUUUGGCAGACCUGCGGAUGGGCUAGAAAAAUCACAAGAUUCAGAGGAUGAGUAUAUGAUCAUUGAUAAUCUACCUUUGAUGUCACAAUUUAUUUCAGUGCCUAAAGAUUUUGGACAAUUGAAUGUUGGUGCUUUCACUGCGGGUAUAAUUGAAGGUAUCCUAGAUUCUGCAUAUUUUCAAGCAAAUGUCAGUGCUCAUACAAUGGAAGCGGAUGGAUUCCCACUAAGAACAGUAUUUCUGAUUAAAUUUGAUCACGGUGUACUCGAAAGAGAAGCCAUUAGGUAUUCGAAAUAG